UUCAGCUGGUGAAGUGCCUAAUACUAGCCACGCCUAUUCUCUGAUGUGGUCGUAAGGCACCAUUAAUGUGAGUCACAUGACAGGGCAGCCUCUCCGACUGAUCUGACACAAGGCUAAAAAUCAUGCCAACCACACAGCAGUCUCCCCAGGAUGAACAGGAGAAGCUUCUAGAUGAAGCUGUGCAGGCUGUCAAAGUCCAGUCUUUCCAGAUGAAGCGAUGCCUGGACAAGAACAAGCUGAUGGAUGCUCUGAAGCAUGCUUCUAAUAUGCUGGGUGAGCUGAGGACUUCCAUGCUCUCUCCAAAGAGCUACUAUGAGCUCUAUAUGGCCAUCUCUGAUGAACUCCACUACCUAGAGGUAUAUCUGACUGAUGAGUUUGCCAAGGGACGCAAGGUGGCAGAUCUCUAUGAACUGGUCCAGUAUGCAGGGAACAUCAUCCCCAGACUGUAUCUGUUAAUCACAGUGGGUGUGGUGUACGUUCGCUCCUUCCCCCAGUCUCGUAAGGACAUUCUGAAGGACCUGGUUGAGAUGUGUCGAGGUGUCCAGCACCCACUGAGGGGCCUCUUCCUCAGAAACUACUUGUUGCAGUGCACACGCAACAUACUGCCAGAUGAUGGAGAGCAGUCAGAGGGAUCAGAGGAGAUGACUGGUGAUAUCAAUGACUCCAUCGACUUUGUCCUACUGAACUUUGCGGAAAUGAACAAGUUAUGGGUUCGAAUGCAGCAUCAGGGCCACAGCCGAGACAGAGAGAAGAGAGAAAAGGAGCGUCAAGAACUCAGGAUUCUGGUGGGCACCAACCUAGUUCGCCUCAGCCAACUGGAGGGUGUCAAUGUGGACAAGUACAAACAGAUUGUUCUUCCUGGAGUGCUGGAACAGGUUGUGAAUUGCAGAGACUCAUUGGCCCAGGAGUACCUAAUGGAGUGCAUCAUACAGGUUUUCCCAGAUGAGUUCCACCUUCAGACCCUGAACCCUUUCCUGCGUUCCUGUGCUGAGCUUCAUCAACACGUCAAUGUCAAGAACAUCAUCAUUGCCCUCAUUGACAGACUUGCUCUGUUUGCUCAUCGAGAAGAUGGCCCUGGUAUUCCAGCUGAGAUCAAAUUGUUUGACAUCUUCUCUCAGCAAGUGGCCACUGUCAUUCAGUCCCGCCAGGACAUGCCAUCAGAGGACGUGGUAUCUCUCCAGGUUUCUCUCAUCAAUUUGGCAAUGAAAUGCUACCCUGAACGUGUUGACUAUGUAGAUAAGGUCCUGGAGAGCACUGUGGAGAUAUUCAACAAGCUCAACCUGGAACACAUAGCAACCAGCAGUGCAGUGUCAAAGGAACUUACCCGACUGUUGAAGAUUCCAGUGGAUACGUACAACAACAUCCUAACGGUGCUGCAGCUCAAGCACUUCCCACCACUCUUUGAGUACUUUGAUUAUGAGUCACGCAAGAGCAUGAGUUGCUAUGUGCUGAGCAACACACUGGACUACAACACCACCAUUGUGGCACAGGAACAGGUGGACGCCAUCUUGAAUUUGGUAUCCACACUGAUACAGGACCAGCCAGACCAGCCAGUUGAUGAUCCUGAUCCUGAGGACUUUGCUGAGGAGCAGAGCCUUGUGGGUCGUUUCAUCCAUCUGCUCCACUCCGAAGAUCCUGAUCAACAGUACCUUAUUCUUAACACAGCCCGAAAACACUUUGGUGCGGGUGGAAACCAAAGGAUUCGUUAUACACUCCCUCCUCUGGUGUUCGCUGCCUACCAGCUGGCCUUCAGAUACAAGGAAAACUCAUCAUUGGAUGACAAGUGGGAAAAGAAAUGUCAGAAGAUCUUUUCCUUCGCCCACCAAACCAUCAGUGCACUUAUCAAGGCUGAACUUGCUGAGCUGCCUCUUCGACUCUUCCUACAGGGGGCACUGGCUGCAGGCGAGAUUGGCUUUGAGAACCAUGAGACCGUAGCAUAUGAGUUCAUGUCACAGGCCUUCUCUCUGUAUGAGGAUGAGAUAAGUGACUCCAAAGCCCAGUUGGCAGCCAUCACACUGAUCAUUGGUACCUUUGAGCGAAUGCGCUGUUUCAGUGAGGAAAACCAUGAGCCGCUGAGGACUCAAUGUGCACUGGCUGCCUCCAAGUUGCUGAAGAAGCCUGACCAGUGCCGAGCCGUCAGUAUCUGUGCCCAUCUCUUUUGGUCAGGUCGCAGCACUGACAAAAAUGGUGAAGAGAUCCGCGAUGGUAAGCGGGUGAUGGAGUGUCUAAAGAAAGCUCUGAAGAUUGCCAACCAGUGCAUGGACCCAUCACUGCAAGUCCAGCUUUUCAUUGAAAUCCUCAACAGAUACGUCUGCUUCUACGAGAGGGAAAACGAUGCGGUGACAGUCCAGGUAUUAAACCAGCUGAUACAAAAGAUCAGGGAAGAUCUUCCCAACCUGGAAGCAAGUGAAGAAACUGAGCAGAUCAACAAACACUUCCAUAAUACACUGGAGCAUCUUCGCCUGCAGAGAGAAUCCCCUGAGUCUGAGGGCCCUGCCUACGAGGGCCUGGUCCUUUAAAACUACAGGUUGGGGGGGGUGUACAGUCCAUCCAUAGAUUAUGCUCUAUAUUAUGAAUAUACAAAUACACUCACAUGGACACACAAAGGCAAGGAAUAAAAAUAAACAUAAAGUAAAUGCUAAGAGAACUCAGUCCUUCAUUUUAAAAAAAUAAUUAUUAGUAUUAAUUUCUCUGCAUCAUUUCUUUCUCACUGUCCUUCAGUAGCAGAAGUAUUUCUGCAACAGGUUGGAGAUGUUACAUUUUAAGAAAUGUGUGUCAGCAACAGUGAAUUUAGCUUUAUUUUGCACUUGUGGCAAGUCUUUCAUCAGUCUGCAUCAUUCCUUCAUGAAUUUAUACUUGACCAAUUUAUCUUUAACCUGCAUUACUUUAUUGAUGAUAGUAGACUUACUAGCUGUUAUAGGUGUGUACAUUGAGUUAUCAACACCUCACUCAUUCACAUCUUUCCAUAUUGAGAAGUGGAUAUAUUAGCUGAGUGUAUAAAGGCUAUAAAAUAUAGUAGUGAUGAUGCAGCUGUGACACAUGUGAGCUAAUUUCCAGACCUGAAUAAUACAGAACUCUGCUGUUUGUGGCAUGUUAAAACAGGUUUUGAUAAACCAAACUGAGGACCAGACAAAUGCAAGAACAUGUAAAUGUUGACCCCACAGGAAUGACACAAAUAAUGUUGUUCCUAUUAAAACUUUAUAAAAUAAUAAUGUUUUAAAACAGAGAGUUCUUUGUCUUGUUGAACUGUGGAAGCUUAAGUCAAUUCAAUAGCUGUACAAGCAUCGCAUGAACUUCAGUUCUUAUGCCAUCCAAGCUGGGCUGCAAAUCUACAAAUCUAGUAUUUUGUAUGGGGGAAAUUUUCAUAUUUUUCAAAAGAUCCUAUCCUCUCACACUAAUGUAGAGCUUCUUUAUAAUAAAAAAAACAUUAGAUGUGUCUCUCCGUCUCUAUAGACUCCAUAUUGUAUGUGUUAGUUUACUUUUUGAUUUCUCAUCAAUGAAAUGACACUUCAGAACUGCAGCAUGUGUAUGCAUGCUUCAGUGUGCUUGUACCAUGAGGUCUGGUGUCAGUGUCAGUUUACUGUACACAGAUUACACCAAGUAAAAUGUCUGACAUUGUCAACAUAUUGUGAAAUCCUGUGGCUUGGUGACACUGCCCUUUGAGAUUAAUCUGGUGUUGGGGGUGGGGGGUUGCAACAUGCAACUCUGUGUCUAAGAUGAAAAAUGGAAUGAUUUGCUGCAGCAUCUGACAGUGUCUACUAAUCUCCCCUUGUUUAGCUAUUGUUGAUUAGGUCAAGAUUGCAAUCACAGAUUUCUCUCCCUUUUUGAAUCUGUCUGUAAAACCACUUGUAAUUCGGAUAAAAAUAAAAGCAGAUUAAGUUGCGAUUAUUAUCGUCAUUUGCUGAAAUAAAAUUUAAAUUAACAAUAAA